GUGCGGUUCGUCACUUCCGGCGGCGGGUCGGUGCGGGCGGCGGGCGCCAUGGGGAGCCGCGGGCAGGUUUUGAAGCUUUUUAAGUUGUUACACCGAACACGGCAAGAAGUUUUUAAAAAUGAUACCAGAGCACUUGAAGCUGCAAGACAAAAGAUAAAUGAAGAAUUCAGAAAUAAUCGAGACGAGACAUCUAAAGAGAAGAUAAAUGAGCUUCUGAAAAUAGGUUCAGAUGUCGAAUUGAUUCUCAGAACUUCUGUUAUUCAGGCAGUUCACACAGAUUCUGACAAAAUAGUACUCAUCCCCAGGAAAGAUCUGCUACAAGAUAACACUCCUUACAUGGAUAAACCAACAAAAAAGCAAGAAUCCUGAGUAUUGUUACUCGGAAAAAGAGACUAAAAUAAACUCACUGAUUUUGUUGAGUGCUGUGGUAUCAUCA